CAUUUAGACGCACCUAGUGACAUCUAGCAGUGUUCAACCGGAAUUAGACGAGGGCUGACACUGAUAAGGCCGUCUGGCUUGUACAUGAAUUUUCUCGUGCACGGAAGCUCUCGUGGCCGCGUGUGCUUCGUAUAUGUGGAUAGUAAAAGAAAAUUGCGCGAAAGGUCGCGGAGGGGCCUCGAGGCGACGCUUAUCAUGCUUGAUAUUGCGUAAGCGACGUUGCGAUGAGAACGCGAGUUCGUUAUCGCUAUUCGUUGAUGCGAGCAGUGUUAUUCGAUCAUGAUUCUGAGUAAGUUGUAUACGCGUUCGACACGGCGUGGGUCGAAGUUUUUUCGACUUUCGUUACCCAUUAAUGGCCGACCAAGUUGCAGAAAUAUCCAUUUUACGUAUUAUCCCGACACGAGAACCGUUAGAACAGGAGAGGUGAAAGAGAUGAAUAUGUUUCAAGCCAUAAACAAUGCUCUACAUCUGUUUUUGGAGAAGGACAAAACGUCAGUGUUCUUCGGCGAGGACGUGGAGUUCGGCGGCGUGUUCCGCUGCUCGAUUGGCCUGAAGGAUCGUUUCGGACAAAGUCGCGUGUUCAAUACACCACUGUGCGAGCAGGGCAUCGUCGGCUUCGGCAUCGGCCUCGCGAACGUGGGAAUCACGGCCAUCGCGGAGAUCCAGUUCGCCGACUACAUAUUCCCGGCGUUCGAUCAGUUGGUAAACGAGGCUGCCAAGUGUCGCUACCGCAGUGGCGGCCAAUUCGAUUGCGGUAAGCUGACGGUACGAGCACCGUGCGGUGCCGUGGGCCACGGGGCGCUUUACCACUCGCAGAGUCCGGAGGCAUAUUUCGCACACACGCCCGGGCUCAGGGUGGUUGUGCCACGAGGACCGGUGCAGGCCAAAGGUCUCUUGUUGAGCUGCAUCGAGGAGCAAGAUCCCUGCAUAUUUUUCGAGCCGAAGAUCUUGUACCGCACGGCCAUCGACACAGUGUCGUUGGAUUAUUACAAGUUGCCGCUCGAGAAGGCUGAAAUUGUACGCGAAGGAGACGCAAUAACGCUGAUUGGCUGGGGCACGCAGAUACACGUCCUACUAGAGACCGCCGAUCUCGUGCAAAACGAGCUUGGCGCAUCUUGCGAGGUUAUAGACCUCUGCUCGAUACUCCCGUGGGAUGCUGAGACGGUUUGUAAUUCGGUUAAGAAGACUGGACGAGUCAUCGUCUCCCACGAAGCCCCGUUGUCCCAAGGUUUUGGAAGCGAGAUCGCAGCGACAAUUCAGGAAGAAUGUUUUUUAAGCCUGGAAGCUCCUAUUGGAAGAGUAACGGGCUGGGAUACGCCAUUCCCUCACGUACACGAGCCAUUUUAUCUGCCCGAUAAGUGGCGCUGUUUUGAAAGUAUCAAAAAUACUUUGGAAUAUUGAACGCCACUGUAUCUGCACACGAUUAUUAUUAAAGUGAGGCAGUUUUUGCAAGAGUCGGAUUCUUUUUUGUAUAAAGCCACGAACACUUUUGCAUCACGUGAACACCUAAACCGGUCUGGUAACGACAACUUUAUCUUGCUUUCGGUGUGAUUAUUCACCAAUGUAAUACCCACCUAAGGGGCAAUGGAUUUAAAAAAGAAAAAAGAAUGACGUAUAAUCACACAAAAUAUCUUGCGGCAAUUAAUCUUUAUACACGGAAUAAUAAUGAGAAAUUAAUUUCAAAGCCUACAGUACUUUAUUGCUUAACAAAAUUGUCCGUAAAAUGGAAUCUCUGUAUCGGGACAAUUUUUAUUCAAUGCAAUACGAGGAAUUAUAUCCAGUAGAGGCAUUUUCUUUUAUUUACAUACUUAAUUUCACUUUGUCGAUAGUACGCUUUUCUCAUUCGAGCAUUUUUUUUUUGUUUUAUUUUUAUUUAUAUAUUUUUUUUGUACUCUUUCGUAUGAAAAAUAGUUAAUAUUAUUCCGUUUUACAUAUUCUAAUUCAUUAUUAAUGUAAAUUACAAGAUUUGAAAGUAACUCUGAUUAAUCUGGUAUCGGAAUAAAAACGUUACAUA